GGCGCUUUUGUCGCAAGGGGAAGAUGGCAGCCUCCAAUCAUUCCAUUUCUUGUUUUGUAUAACACGUGAGUGUCUGUGUAUUUUACGAUCGAAGUUAUUAUUGUAGAAAUGGGUAAUAUUUUUGCGGCGAGUUCUCCGUCGAGUCCAUUGACAGUCGGUUCAAGUGGAAUACAACCGAUUCCGUCUUUACAUAAAGAGAAAAAUGGGGAUGACGAUAAUGGUUUAUCAAAUCCCGGCACGAUGGAAGAAUUACACCAAAAAUGCAAAGAUAUAUUUCCUGUUAACUUUGAAGGUGCUAAAUUAAUAGUUAAUAAAGGAUUAAGUAAUCAUUUUCAAAUCAGUCAUACGUUAAACAUGAGCUCAAUUACUCCAUCAGGAUAUAGGUUUGGAGCGACAUAUGUUGGUUCUAAACAGUUUAGUCCUACUGAGGCUUAUCCAGUUCUUCUUGGUGAUAUAGAUCCAAAUGGUAAUUUAAAUGCCAAUAUCAUUCAUCAGAUAAAUAGAAAUGUUCGUACAAAGUUUGCAGCCCAGAUUCAAGAUUCCAAAUAUGUUGUAUCCCAACUAACAACGGAUUAUAAAGGAUCUGAUUUUACUACAUCUGCAACAUUGGGAAAUAUAGACAUCCAAAAUAAAUCAGGUGUUAUAGUUCUUCAUUAUCUUCAAGCUAUUACAAAAGCUGUAUCUCUUGGAGCAGAAAUGGUAUAUCAGUAUGGUCCUCAAGUACCUGGAAAUGAAAUUUCUCUUCUUUCUUUAGCUGGAAGAUAUACAGGUUCUAAUUAUGUUUGGAGCAGUACAAUUAGUGCUAAUUCAGCUCAUGCAUGUUAUUAUCACAAAGGUUCUGAAAAUUUACAGGUAGGAGUUGAAGUAGAAACAGAUUUCAGGCUUGGAGAUAGUGUUGCCACCAUUGGCUAUAUGCUUGAUCUGCCAAAAGCAGAUUUAGUUUUUCGGGGUAUGGUCGAUAGUAAUGGAACAGUGGGUGGUGUGCUUGAAAAGAAAUUACAACCAUUACCAUUUACAUUUACACUCAGUGGCAUGAUCAGUCAUAGUAAAAAGCAGAGCCGGUUUGGUUGUGGCUUGAUCAUUGGAUAAGUACUCUGAUAUAAAACAAUUUUAAAAUGCAUCAUUGUAAUAAGAAAAUCAUUGAAUGUCAGCUGCAUUUGAUUUUUCUUUUAAUCAAUAACUUGUCUGCACAUAGAAGCAAAUCUGUACAUUUUAUAACAUACUCAGAAUCAAACAUAAUUUCAUUGCAAAUAUUUUCUGUAAAAUUGAAAAUAGUGUGCUUUCUAAUAUUGCUAUUUCAAAAAAAAAAA